CCUAAAAAGCGUUGCCGAGCGGAGGAUGUGCAUGGUUUCUUAUAUUUUCGGUCGCCCCUGUUAAUUUGACCGCGCCCACCCGACCGUCGAAUUCACGGAAGCAGCACAUCACAUCUGCACCUUCGCAAACCUCACCCGUUAUUGUUCUGUGUGCGUGCCUGUGUGCAAAACUUAACACCGUCCCCCCCAGGCCAUGCCCCCGUUAACGCGAGGAUCACGCCGAGACGUCGUCCUCCGUCAAUCAUCGUUGUCGGCGGUACUCGGUGAUGAGGCGUCACCACCCGUCAACGACGGCUCGCGAAACCUUUGAGAGGCGCCGUCUCAGUGUUUGACGCGUCCUCCGUGUAGUCCCCCCCUAUCAUUCGUGCAUUCCCGAACUUUAUUUUUUCGCCAUGGAUCAGACAGAGAAGAACGUUCAGACGUUGUACAGCAUGGGAUUCGUGGACAUCGAAGAGAUCAGGAACGCGCUUCGCAUCAGCCACAACGACCUGAGCGAGGCCGUGGCCAUCCUGACCAACGAUCAGGUACGGUACGGACCGUACACGAGCGCCGGCACGUCCGAAGACGUCGAGAUGAAAGACGUCACGUCGACGGCUCUCGUGCCCACCGCAGCCCCGCCUCCCUACAAUUCGCUGCCGGACGCCAAGCCAUGCUCUCCCAAGCCGGACUAUGGAAACCCAGCGUUUCCUCAGACGAACCUGUACGAGCUGGAACAGCGGGUCUUUGUGGACCAGUGGUCCAUCCCAUACAAGAAGGACGAGUCGCUCGCCAAGUGCCUCAUUGCAGCUACUAACCUGGCCAAAGAAGGGCAAUGUGAAUCAAACUCUGAUUGUAGGAACUUCAUGGAGUCAUGCAUGCCUGAGUGCUUUCGCAAGCUCCUAACAGCACUUGCAGUCCGUAACUGGGCGCCGGAUGUCCAGGAAGGUGUUUAUAACAUGCUCAUGCUACUUAUUGACCUGACUGUUGAACGGCUCAGUUACAACCCCAUCCCGGAGAAGCUUCUCUCCAAUGUGCUCACAAUGGCCUUUGAUCCAGAGGCUGAGUUUCAUAUCAAGAACAAAAGCCGGCAAAGCACCCUUGAGCAAGGGCUCGUGGUCUAUGCAAAAUCGAGGGGAUCCCUGGAUCCUUAUGGCUGGCUUCUAGAUGUUAUCAACAAGUUUGGGAGUCGUGGUGGCUUCGACAAAAUAUUGGCCAAAUUUGGAGAAAACCUGACUGCAAAUGAGAUGGCCGCCCUGCUGAAUCCUCUGGCUGUGUGUGCCCAGUUCCUGAACCCAGACACAACGUGCACACUUCUUUCACCCUGCAUGAGCAAGGCCAUCAGCUACAUCAAGGGUCUCACGGAUGACGACCUCAAAAACAAGAACAUUGGUUCGGUGACCGAACUCCUGAAGGCGGUGAAGAUGCUGUGCGUCUACCUGUGGCCGCAGGAGAUAGCGAGCACGAGCACUCUCUGCCUCGACGUCAUCCUCCGCAUGCUCAAGUGCUCACACUUCAAUGCUCGCAUGAAUGGCCUCAAGGAGUUGAUCAAGCUCAUUGACGACUGCUCAACAACAGGCACUUCAUCAAAAGCAGCCAUUGAUGCUGAGCAGCUGCAGAAUUGGAUGGCAGAAAACAAUGUCCUCUCCAUCACACUGGAAAGCAACAUAGAUCAAGCUCAAUACAUGGACAAGAUAAAGAGUAUAAUUGAGUUCAUUGGGCAGCGGCUUUCUCUUGAGGAACUGACAAAGAUCUGGUCCAUGCAGGAUCGGCAGAACUGUCAGGUGGUGGACAACAUUCAUGGCAUCAUGGCAGCUGCUUCCACAAAGUUCAGCCAGCAGCAGUUUGACCACCUGAUCGCCCUCAUUGGCAAGGCUUGGAGAGGCAGCAGUGACAUCACGUGGCGACGCCUUCUCACCUUCAUUGGCAAGCUUGGUAAAGAGAGCAACCAAGGAAAGGUCUCCACCAAGCUGUUGGACCUUCUGUGGGAGCUCUUGCACCUCAACUCGCUUCCCAAGCCCCACGUUGAGCAGUUUGUCGAGGAGUUCUUCAGCAUCCUGUCAGAGAUGGGCAACAGAGACAGUGCAAAGCGGCAGUACGUUGGCCGCUGCGUCGACGACAUCAAGAAGAACAUGUGUGUGAUUCCUGCUCUGAAAAUGUUGCGGCACAUCAGUGGAGCCAAGGGAACAGCGGGUAGCAAAGGUCCACCUUACAAGCAAGACAAGUUCAUUUUCAAUGAGCUGAACAGGAGUCACGACUUUGUCAAACUCGUCUCGACCAGUCUGUCAACGUGUCACCGUGAAGCAGUAAAGCUGGCCAACGGAAAGUCAGUCUUACCUCUUGUUCUAGUCGACGGCAUCUACUCACAUCAGGAGCAUGUUAUGACGCACCUAGACUUUCUCCAGUUCCUCCUGAAGGAUGGGUCCCAAUACCUGCCUUGGAAUCGGGCCAAGGAAAUCUGGGACACGCUAGUCACCAAUGCAGAUGCUUGUAGCUCAGACCGAGAGAUGUGCUUUGAGUGGUUUGAAAAGUGCCUUCCAGACCUGGAGUCAGAGACCCAGUCACUGCUGUUUCAGCACAAGUUGCUCAAGAUGGACCCCUCCCAAGUCAGCUCGAAAGCGUUUUCAUGUUUCAAGACUUACUUUGAGCACGUGAACAUCCACGAAAGCAAGCUCAAGAAGCGACCUGGUAUCUUGAUAGUGGAGAAGCUGGAGCUGUCAGGGAUUGACUUCCUGUGGCAGAUAUCACUGGCCGCACCCGAGGAGGAGAUUGCCGAGUUAGCCAUCGACUUUAUUCUCGACCUCUCCUACAAGUUCCUCUCUCCAAGGCUCAAAAAGGAUGUUGUGUCGCUUCAUCACCGUUUCAUCAACGAGUGUUACAACAGGUUGAAGGCAGUGGCUGAAACCAUUGGGGACACUGCCAUGACGACUGCCGUGUCCAACGCCACCAAGACAUUGACCGCAAUGGCGGUGUCAGAAGCCAUCUCCUUGUCGCUGCCAAAACGGACAAACCGGUCGCAAAACAUCUGUCGUCUGCUGCACCUGGCCGAGAGGUACAUCUCGUCCAUCGAGGGCCAACACUCGGUGCCAAGGGUCAUUCUGCCCCAUGGUGCCUCUUUCUAUGGCUUUCCCGUCACCCUGUGCAUCGUCAGCGACACCAUCAAGGACACUGUCAAGAUACGGUGCCAUAGCAAUGCAACAGUCGGCUCUAUGAAGGAGAAAGUGGCUCGACUGUUCAAGCAGAUUCCCAGCAACCUGCAGAUCUCCAUGGACGACAUUCCGCUUCCGAGCACUGAGGACCAGAAGAGGCUGUCGCAGUACAAACUGAAGGACAACCAGCAGAUCCACGUGAAGGUCGUCGGUAGCGGACUGGUCCUGCCAUCCGAAAUAGAGGAUGACACGGUCGUUCCACCAGCGACGGCUCAAGUGUCUACAGUGGCAGCCGCAACUGCAUCUCCCUCGGCCGGCCAGCAGCCGUCAUUUUAUCUGGAACAGGAAAAGCAGCUUCCGGGUGUGGUCAUCUCUAGCGGUGGCAAUGUGUUCGAGAUGUUGUAUCAGUUGGCAAGCAUGGACGAUCCAAGAAUUGCUGAACAGGUUCAGACGCUGCUGCACCUGAUUCCUCCUGACCCUGCAGUGAUCGAUUCGCUUGACCAAAUGUGCAUGAAGUCGUCUCCAGCCGUGGCACCCCCACCACCUCCCAGGCUGUCGGGCAGCCCCAAGAAAAGCGGCUCUCCAGCACCAAGGGAGAAGACGCCAGUCGAAGGAUCAGAUGUCAUGCUCCGCAGGCUGCUGGACCCGAACGGGAGGAACCCAUUCCGCCUGCUGUACAACUUACAGGUGCUGAGUGCGCGGCUGAUGCCAACCAACCAGGAUGCGUGCUCCAACGUAUUCUGUGAGAACUUCCUCCAGGCAGGUGGGCUUUCUCACGUGCUUCGUGUGCUGCACAGGGACGGCCUCCCCCAGGAUGUGGACUACGCUGUGCGCCAGGGCAUCUACUUCACUGCGCUGCAGAUAACUAGGUUCCUUAUUUGUGGCCAGAAUGUCCCGCAUGCGCUUCAAAGUUCAUCCACGUCGUCUGUGUCGGCGACUUGCGGUGCACCGUCGCCAGUGAAGCCCACUACACCAAAGAAGCUGCAGGUGGACCUGGUUCGAAUGACUCCCAUUUCGAUGGUGACACCCAUCAUCAAGACGAUGAGCCGCGCCUUGCUAGAGGAAGUUGUGGACUCCCUGGUGCGUGUGGCAUGGGCUGCUGCAGCUGGUCAGCUCCGCCUGGCCAACUCGCCACUACCCACCCGAGAGGGCACCCACUUCGCGGUCACGACAGCAGGACGGCGGAGCCGCCAGAGCAGCACAGGCAGCGCUACAAGCAGUGGUAGUGAUGGAGAGAACUCGCUAGGACUUCAUGGUGGCAUCUGUGUGAGCCAGGACACGGUAGACCGCAAGGACGCACUCCUGGCGCAAGAGGCCCUCAGCUUCCUGUUCUCCUGCCUGGAGCUCAGGGAGGACGUUUCAGCCUGGUUCUGCGAGCUGCCCUGCGUGCGUGACUUUGUGCUGGACGUGCUCUUGGGCUGCGGCAGCGAGGAAGUGCGGUGCGCGGCGCGCGAUGGUCUGCACCGGUUGAGCCGCACGGUUGGCCAGACGCCCCUGCGGCCGUUCCUGCUUCAGCUGCUGCUCAAGGCACACCUGCCACUGUGGGUGCCAUCAAGCUACACCCGGGGCUCUAACCAGAGGUUACUUGGGCAGUGUGUCGAGUACUUUGACCUUGCCUGCCGCCUCCUGGCUGACUCCAAAGGUGACGCGCCCGUGGACAUUGCGCAGAUGCUCGAGGACGAGAUCGCCUGGCUGCACAGUUUCUCGCCGUCCGACAGCCCACACGACCGCAACAUGGACGCCACGCUAAUGACGGGCCACUUCCACCUCGUCCGCACGCUGGUCGCCUGCAACGGCGACGAGCACAAGUCCGACGUCGGCAAGAGCCUCGUGCUCACCCUUCUCGAGUCGUACUUGUUCCCGGCCUCGAGCCUCAUCGAGAAGAGCGCCAAGGACGACACGCCAGAGCCCUCCGUUAAGUCCAAGUGUGCGGUGCCGGAGCCGCGCACCGCAGCCUUCAGUGUCCUCGUCGAACUCGCCCGGUGCUGCCCUACCAACCUGGAGAGGAUCGUCCAGUGGCUCGUGGACAAGCACCACCGGCUCAAGUCGGAGCUGGUCAAGGAGUUUGAGUACGAGCCGCUGAUCGCAGGCCGUGCUGAGAGCGGCUAUGUGGGUCUCAAGAAUGCCGGUGCCACCUGCUACAUGAACUCGGUGCUGCAGCAGCUGUUUAUGCAGCCAGGGCUUCAGGAGGCAGUGCUUGCCAUCGAUUCGGACAAAGUUGAGGAGGAAAGCCUGCUGUUCCAGACACAGUCGGUGUUUGGCCACCUGCUCGAGUCCCAGAUGGAGUACCACGUGCCGGAGCAGUUCUGGCAGUGCUUCCGGCUGUGGGGUGCGCCGGUCAACGUGCGCGAGCAGCAGGAUGCCUUUGAGUUCUUCAACCACCUGCUGGACCAAGUGGACGAGUACCUCCUCAAAAUUGGCUGCGACCCUGUGUUCAAGCCUUUCUACGAGGGAACCUUCUCCGACCAGAAGAUAUGCCAGGGGUGUCCCCACAGGUAUGAACGUGAGGAGACCUUCCUGGCCCUCAAUUUGCCGGUGAAGAGCCAGAGCUUGAAGGAGUCCCUGGACCAGUUUGUCAAGGGCGAGCUCCUCGAGGGCGACAACGCCUACCUGUGCGAGAAGUGCGGCCAGAAGCGCAACACGGUGAAGCGGACAUGCAUCAAGCGGUUGCCCCAGGUGCUGGUCAUUCAAUUGAAACGGUUCGGCUUCGAUUGGGAGGCUAACCGGGCAGUCAAGUUUGACUACCAUUUCAAGUUCCCGUGGUCCCUGGACAUGUCCCCGUACACUCUCCACGGGGUCAUGGAGCAGGAAGGCCGCUCGGCAGGUGGAGGCGACCCUCUGGACGAAGUGUUCAGGCGGCCUCCGCCAGCGGUGUACGACCUGGCCGGGGUUGUGGUGCACAACGGUCAGGCCAGCGCUGGUCACUACUACUCGUACAUCCGGGAGCGCAGGAGUGACCCGAGGUAUGUGGCUCGCAAGAACACCUGGUACAAGUUCAACGACACGACGGUGGAACAGUUUGACCUGAAUGACUCGACACUCGAGACCGAGUGCUUUGGCGGCACAUACAAGGCCAAGGUUUCAGACUCAGCCUCGUGUUAUCCCGAGACACGGCAGCGCCACUGGAAUGCCUACUUGCUCUUCUAUGAAAAGCAGGAGGACUCACGAACGCCUCGCACGCCCCACAAAACGCCCGGCCGAUUUUCGUUUCGCAGGGACCCCAAGGACUCCACUCCAGUCAAGUCAACAGUGCGGCGCACCCCGAGCGCGUCGUCGGUGGCUGGCGCCGCCCGUCAACGCGGAGACAGCCUGAGUCAGCUGACACGGCUAGUGGACCACGGCGAGCGACAAGGCUGGUUCCCGUCUCACAUGCCCCCGCACAUUGGCCAGCAGGUGCGCGAGCAGAACCUCCUGUUUGCCCGCAACCGGGACGUCUACAACACGCACUACUUCGACUUCGUGGCUGCUCUCACCUCCAUCAACCUGGACAACAUGCAUCACCCAGACUAUGAGCAGCUCAUGGUGCAGAGCCUCAACCUGGCAGUGAACUUCUUCCUCAACACCUACCUCAAGUACAAGAAGAAGGACAGCUCUGUGGUUGGCGAGUGGGUCAAGUGCAUCGAGACCAUCAUGUCGCUGAGCGAGGCUGCGGCAUCAUGGCUCCUCAAGUACAUUGCCAAUGCUGGCCAAAGUGUAGUCAAGCUGUACCUUCUGGAGUGCCUCAACAAAGAAGUGAGACACACAUUUGCCCAGAUCCUGGAGAAGGCACUGGUCUUCUGCCACAAGCUUGAAGGGAGUUGUCUUGACCUGGACGUGGUGGGCGCCUGCCUGAUCAACCUGUUGGACCAGGAUGUGGCCGACAACUGCUGGCACUCAUCGCAGUACUUUGGCCUGCUCAGCAACUAUGCGCAGCUGGGCGCCAAGGCAUGCCAGCACCUGUUCAAGCUGGGAGCCUUUGAGAAGCUGAUGGCAUUUCUUCUUGGACCUCUUGGGGCCAACAUGGAUUCAGAGGAGUCCUUCACUCGACGCUGGAGCCACACGCAGAUCCACGAGUUUGGCUACCUGCACAGCACACUGAUCCACCUGAUCCUUGCGUGCGACCUGACCUGCCUUCACACCUGUGAGCCUUCGGAGGCAUACCCACAACCAUCAGAUCUUCUCCCAAUGCCAGAGUGCGUACGCAAAGCACUGUCAGGACCAGGUGCAUGCCGGUACCUGCGAGAGGUUGUGUCCGCCUGCCGGGAGACUACAGGCUUCAUGGACACCCUCGUACAAAUGGUUGUGCAGUGCAGCUUCUGUAAUGAGUCUUUCUCGAGCCUGAUCAUUCGGCUCAUCAUGACUCAGUACUCCUUGGUUCCAUCCAAUGAACUCAAGAACCUUUCGCAGCUUCUGCUGGAAUUGAUGAAAUUAGAAGACCCUCUGCAGUACAGCCGGAUCAAGCUGGUCAUUGAUGGAUCCCGGGAGGACAAGGCCGAGUUCGAUGGGCUGCUAGAAAUCAUCAAGUCCAACCACAACAAUGACAGCAGGCGAUCAUACCAGGGUGUGAAGUUCCUGGUCACCAUGGCCCAUAGGUGUACACAUGCCAAGGACUACCUGCUACAGGCUCCACCCACAUGGCAGUGGUCCGUGAACUGGCUGAAGCAGACCAUGUCCGAGUUCAACACUCAGUGGAGCAGUAACACCUCCAAUGAAGACUCCAACACCAAGACCUUCCAGCGGACCAUCAGUGCCCAGGACACCCUUGCAGAAGCGACAGCGCUACUCACCGAGCUGUCUUCACCAGAGGCAGCCGAGCUCGGCAUGGAGAUGGACCAGGAUGAGGCCGAGGACGAGGACUCGCGGUUGAAGAGGACACGGGGCUUGGAAGAUGUGUUCAAUUAUGUCGAAGUGAAGCCAGAGUGAAACCUGGUGCAGCCCUGGUUCCACACUGGUGCAGCACCGCCAAGGGGAUAUAUCAAGCCCCGUGCCUUCCGUCUGAGAAAGGGGAUUGGUUCUUCGUGCCGCCAUCCAGCCUACCAAACCGGGCAGCAAGCGUGUUGUGCUGCCUUAUGCAAGGACUAGCUGCUGGCAAUGAGUCUGAGCGUACCUGUCGACAAGAUUGGUGCAACUGACUUUCGCAACUUGUGCGUGUGACUUUUGCACUUGCGUCGAGCAUAUCAAGUAAGGCAAUUUUAUGCCUGGUUAAUGCCGGCAGUCAACCCACGAAGUUGUCUUCCCGCACAGCUUCAGAGGCCGCAGUGGUUGCACCGCAGUGGGUUCCUGCAGUGACUCGAGCAUCACGUGUGAUGCGAGCCGUGCGCGUGCGGGACUGCACGUUUUCGUGGGCAGCCCAAAUCAAGAUGUGUGUGCGUUGUCUGUCAGUUGGUUAUUUGAUUGUAAAUGUGCACGGUGCUGUUGUUCGAUAAUGCCUUUUUUUUUUUGCCAUUUGACAUUGCCAUCUAUAAGAUAAGGUGCCAGCCUUAGUUCAGCUGUAGUAAUUCUCCAAGUAACGCCCUAAUCGGGAGAAGUGCUGUCCAUUGUAUGACCAAUAUGCCCCCGACAUUUUGUGACAUCGGUCAGGCCUUCUGCGUUGCUAGAGGCAUGAUUGUUUAUUGAUGUGUGUCUUGCAUGAUGGCAAGGCCGAGUUGCUCUAAGCCAUCAGUGAGUCAUGGUGCCAGCUUUGGUUCACCAGUAUUAAUGUUGUAAUCAAGAACAGUGUUGGCCAAUGUUGCCCAUUGAUAACCAAAUAGCCCCAACAUUGGACCUACAUUGGCCACACUUUUUAUGUGUGUGUGCUGCUAGAGGAAUGAUUGUUGCAUGAUGGUAGGACCACAUUGCUUUGUGUGGAAAUAUGCAGAUGCCUGACAAUGAGACUGAAAACCUGAAAAAAAAAACUUUUUUUUAUGGGGUCAAAUAUUGCAUAUGUAAAAAAUUAGAUACUUUCAUUUCUCUUCUAUUCAUACAUUUCAACUCUAUAUAAUAUAAACAAAUUUGUUCAGCACGAUUUAUAUAGAUGAUAUGAUAGCAUGCAGUGUGGCAAAUAUACAGGUCGCUUUUGUUUUAUGAAUAUACAGGGGCUUCCUAAAUCAUAAAUAAGGCCCAGCAUUCCCUGCCUCAGCAUUCUGAUUGUCUUUUUCCUUUUUAACUUGGUUCAUUCGCAAUAACUUAAGCUGGGAUGAUUUAUAACUUGUGAAUAGUUCAAACAAAUGUAGAAAUUUAAUUUGACUCGCUGCAUUUUCAGUGCACUUUAAAGCUUCCCAAUUUAACCAGAUUUCUGGCUUCCGAUGACAAACCAUUGCAGAAGUAAUCUUCACAUGAUAAUGAAAUUGCUUAGCUUGAAUCGGAAACAUAAUAGCUUCAUAUAUUGCCUCUGUUGUCAAAAACUAACAACUGUUGCCCUAAUCUCUGCUAAUUUUAGCAAACUCCCUUUUGUGUUCGCAAAUACCAAAUUUUAUAUGUGACUUUACAUGAGAAAGCAUUAAAAGUUCUGUCCAAACAUCCCUUUAGACAUAAAACCAUAGUUUUUAUCUUGAACCACCAAUAAUUCAAACUGCCAACAACGCAAGCAGGAACGUAUCAUACGAGUGAGCUUGAAUUCGCGCGAGUUGGCUGUUGUAAGUAAUGGGUAUCUAGGGAGGAAAGGGCACUGUCAAUGGAUGAUAAAUGUGCCAACGUGUAUGUUUUAUUUAAGGAUUCCAACAGCUCACGGAGACCCUGUUGUGAAGUGCAAACAUUGUUUAGUGGUUCGGACUUUUUUGUUCAUAGCCAGGUUGAUUGUUUGCGAGCCAAUUGACGUGUAUGUUGGUCCAUGUGUGUGAGUUAAUGAGUGGCAUACCAGGAGGUGUUACUAGAUGGCGUAAAAGCAGCUGCUUGACGAAUACUGCAAAGCGUGCACGUCACUUCGUCAUGGAGCGUUCACUUGUUACUAUGGAGCACGCACAUUCCCCUGAAGUUCCUGUUUAUAACUGUACUUCUUUGUUGUCGCCAUUUUCCCGGCUCUCUUUCUUGAGAGCCGCGGCCCACCUUGAAACGUUUUUCUUUCUCCACUCUAGUAUGGGCCGUGGUCAAUGCUAUUGCAGUCUGAGAAACCAAUUCCUGCUGUUCACCGUCCCUUGGCUUGGAUCCACAUUGGGCCAUUUAGUCAAACGUGCAUGUACACUAUGUAAACCUGUAUGGAGUGGGGACACUUUGUUCGUGCUCACGAAUGCAGAAAUCAGAAAGGUGCGCCAAUCCAGCACAUUCCCUCCGAGAUCCUCGGUUCGUUGCUGAUGUUGCCCAAUCUUGGAAGUCAUGUAAUUCUAGGUACAGCUUCGUUCCCAGCAAGUAGGAAUUGAGGCCCUUUUUAUUAUUGCGAACGUCUAUUGUAAGAGCUUUUGUUAUGCAUCCACUGGUACGUUGAACAUAAAAUUUUGCAUCGAGGCUGCUACGUGUCUACACUGUUGGAAACUGGGCUCUUUACGCAGUCCAGAAUUUCUUUGCAGUUGGACUGUCAGCGCGGGAAUACUACUUAGCAGGUGCUAGCAUGAUGUGGUUUGAACACUUCCUUCUGCAGUGGCAGUUCAAAUACCAAUUAGGUGAUGUCCGUGAUAUUAAACUGCUCUGUACAGAAGUAUUAAAGAGGCCCCAAGGCAUCCUUUGCUGACUCUGCUUUUUGUUUGUGGGGCCUUUCCCUCUUCUCUUGUCAUAACGAGCAUGGUAAAUGGAAGUGGUGCGAAUUUGACAUUUUAGUGUCAUCAGACAGCCACCGAUGACCUUGGCGUGUACCUUCUCUUUCGUAAAUGUGCUUUUAGAUGUGUUGUGCUCUAUUUUACAUCGGAAGUGUCCGUUGUUGCCUUCUGUCUUUAGCGAUGCAAUAGAAGGCCCUUCAGACACAACAGCGCCAACACGAGAUUGCAAAGAUGAGACCAAGACUGGGCAACAGAGGAAGCUUGCAGAGGGCACUGCCGCUGAAAUAGCACUGGUGCUAAGGCUGCACCGGGCUCGUUCUCAUAAGCAUGCUGUGCAUUUGUAAAAAGACGGGGCAUAGUGCAGAUGAAUGCUUUGACACGUUCUUGUUCUUCACUGUUCUCUACAUUGAACAACAAUCUUUGCAAAGAAACUUUCGGAAAACUCAGCCAUUUUCAUUAAUCUUGCCUUCUGAGAAAAAGUGAAGCCAGUAAAGUGUGUUGCGAUUUUCUUGCGAGUAGUGAAUGCGCUGCCGCAUUUUUGUGAUUUUCCCCUCUGAAGCUUGUCUGUAAGUGAGUGACACUGUGUUCCAUCGCGUUAUUACGUGCACACAGAAACGAUUUCCUAUGCAGUACAAUGGGUGCUAACAGGAAUGCCUGCAUUGUCGCUUUCCUGAUGAUGCAUUUUGUUGUCUGUUCAUUCGCGAUGUCCCGACUUAGUUCUGGAGGUACCCCACUUUGUGUUACGUUCAACUGGUGCAGCAUGGUGGCAUUUGCGUGCUGCCGCUAGUGUCGUAAGGUGCAGGCUUCGUGCAAAACAACCUUGCGGUGCCGUAGAGUUCGAUGCUGUCGUUGCUAGCGGUAAACCUGGUGCUGUAAUUAUUAAAGCCACCAUAUAAAUUUCUAGUAAUGCUUGGAUUUGUCUGCAACUUCACAUACUGCGUCAUACUGCAUCAGGCAGUGCAUUCCAACUGUAGUGCCGGAUAGGAGUCUAAGUGUGAAGUUCUAUGCACAGCAACCCCGCACCUUGUAUGUGAGGUGGCACGGACCUUGUGCUGCAGGUUCUGUGUACCACUCAACUCACGUGGACUAGUUAACGAAGUGAAUCAAAUCGAAUAUGUAGUCGUCUUAACAUGCGUACCUGAUUAACGCAUUUUAUAGUACUAUAAAGCGAAAAGAGGCUCAAUGACAAUAGUGACAACAGAUCAAGGUUGUGGUGAAUGUGCAAAGACAGCAUUUGUGCAGUGCCAUGUUUAUUAUGCAAUGGGGACAAGAAGGAUGAAGUUGAUUGGUGAAGGUGAUAAUCAUUUUGCUGGAAAGCCAUUUUGAACGCAGAUGACCACCAUCACCAGAUUGCCCAUGUUCGAGGGCUUUUUUUAUACGUGUGAGUCUUUAAGUGUGUGUCUCAGUGGCGGCUGCGACAGGAAGCCCUCGUUUUCUUAGGUUUUCCAGUCGUCGCUUAGUGUAGUGUAAGCAUCACUUCGGCCGUAAACACUAAAUAAAGAUUUUUAGGUAAAUUUUUGGAAGAUGUAAUUUAAAGUACUCAGGCUCUUAUUGAAGGCCCAGAAAGAGUUAUUUUUUACGUCCAGAGUAUUGGACCAUUGCGUAACAGCCCGUUUCCACAGCCUAGAAUCAUGAGAAGUUCUGCGUUCCUUGCCUUUCAUUUCCCAUCAGCCUUGCUUCCACCUAAAUAAGAACACACUGUGAUUAGUUGCUGGCGUGACAUUAUGGGCGCAUGUGUACGAGUGUCACACAUACCAAGGUAUCAAGUAUAGAAGUGUAAUGAGCAUGCAUCGUGCUUGACACGACCCUGGCAGCCACGCUAUAUCGUUGCAAUAGAGAGUGAUCAGUCUUGACUUGGCUUGUCUAGCAGUGUCCUGGAUUGAGUCUUUUAAUGGUGGUGCGGCUCGAUGCCAAGUGCUGCCUCCUGCUCACGCAUGCAGGACAGUCUUUUGUGUGUUGUGGAUGUUGUGAAGGAAGUUGCAAUGUGGCAGCUUCAAAAUUCGUUUCCCUACCGCGUGUUGCUCCGUUGCCCCCCCCCCCCCCGUGUUGCGUUCUGUGCUGCACCUUUCUGUCCAAAGACCUGUCACGCGUUGCCCUAUUGUGCAGUGCGUUUCAUAAAUUGCAAGCUCUUGUCACUUUUCAAUGUCAAGUGUGUUAAUGCGGGUGAAAAUGCUAUGUGCACCACCAAUGUCUUCUGCAAGCUAUUGAUUGCAUAAUCUACAAGGACACUAGGAUCCCAGCACAACUUGGCAUGGGACACUCUUGUCACGACACGAAAAUUAUAAGAGAAAGGUUCACUAGUUUGCUUGAGAAAGAACUUGGAAUUUGGAGUGUUGUACAUUCAAUGAAACAGUCUCUUCAUAUGUGACACUGUCGGUGUUGUGUGUUCGACAUCACGUGACUGUGCUGCUGCCCUGCACCGUUGAGCUACCUUGCACUCAUGCAACAUUUUUUUAGCAGCUCCGACUACCCCACAUCGGUUAUCGCGUAGCUUCGAGUGCCAAAUGUGCCUUGUUGUUCCGCCAUCACUUACUGUACAGCUCUUUCUUACAAUCUUUUUUUCUUGCCUUGUAAAAGAUGGAAAGUGCUUUACAUGUGUCUGUUGUCCUCCCACUGAAAAGAGAUUUGCCCGUUUGAUCAAGAGCAUGUUUGGGUUUUUCGAUAAAUGAGUGCGUUGGUUUACGUAGACUGGUAGCGCGUUCUCACUUAUCUAGUGCUGUCUUUUCUCGAGUUAGGUCGUUUUGGUAUUGGCUGGUUUAGCAGCUUGUGGUCUAUAGAGUCUCCGGUUUCAGAUUGUGCAGCCAUGCCUUUUUUUUUUUUUUUGAGAAACCGGAUGUGAAAGUAGUGAUGACACUUAAGUGAAUAAAUGAUGUACAUACAUUGGCA